CUGUGUGAAUCUUGGGAACAAUCCGUGCCACGUGACGAUGUUUACUUUAAUGUGGCGAAAAUCGAGCAGCUCUCACUUUUGAUGCUGUCACCGGAAAUGUUUUCAAAGAUUUCACUGAUGAGCACAUGAACGUCCAGGCUCAGUGACAGAGAUGAGCGUCUCCAGGCAGACGGUCAGGGACCUGCUGACGGCCUACGAUCGCAGCCUGGAGCAGCAGAUCGUGAGCGGCGGCUCCAGCCUGGUGUGUCGAGACGAGGAGCUGUGGAAUCAGGUGGAGGAGCUGCUGAGGGACGGAGAUGCUCAGGAGACUCACUGUCUGGGUCUGGAUCCUCUGGCUGUGAUGGAGGAGUCGCUGAAGGCAGCUGCGGCGUCGACUGCAGGCAGCGGUGGAGGGAAGGUCCGAGCCAGAGGAGGACUCAGAAGCCUGGACAAAGCUUUUGAGGUUCUGGAGCAGGCGGCUCUGAACCUCUACCUCACUCCCUGGAGGGAAGAGUAUAAAGUCGUCAAGAUGUAUUCUGGUCCAUUCACUCAUUACAUCAAACCAGUGCUGUCGGUGCCACAGAUUGAGAAGCUCUUUGGUCUGUUGGGAUACCACAGCAGCUCGCCUCAGCACCAGCAGCAUUGUCUCCAGCUGCUCAGGAUCAGUCCGUCCUCUGUGGACGACCUCCUCCGCCUGUCGUGUGCCUUCUACCUGGCUCGGUGUGAGUGUCGCCUCCUGCAGGCAGCACUGGGGAAGCACGCCGGUGAGGCGCAGUGGGAGCUGAGGCUGGUGAGAGAGAGGCAGCGAGGACACGCCGUUCAGGUUGCCGUGGACAACGCCAUGAAGACACUGAGGGUGGACAGGCCACUGAUGCAGCCGUUUGACGGCGAGGCAGACGUGGAUCUGUACACGGACGAUCACGUUAACGGGGGACAGACGGAGGCGGCGGCCGGUGACAACAAAACCUGGCUGACGCAAAUGAGCGCGUCUCCCCCUGCUGGCAAAACACAUGGCGAAGAAAUGGCGUCCUCGUCCACGCCGCCGCCCGCCAGAGAGAGCGUCUGCGUCUCCACGUUUAACUGCCAGUUGAGCGCGGCGGCGCCCGCGGAGCCGGCACUGGGAUCCUCGGACGUCAAGAAGCAGAGCAGACGUUCCUGCGACAAACCCGACGCCGAACCACAGCCGAGUCGUCUGUCGUCGGAGACGGCGGGGCUCUGCGCGCACGACGCCGACGUGGACCGCCUCUGCAGCUGCCUCCAGUCUCCGCACGUUUACCUGCAGCGCUGCAUGGACUGUAAAUCUCUGCACAGCAUCACCUGCGCUCUGCUCCGCCUCUGCGAGAUGCAGAAGCACUGUGUGCUGUCUCUGCACGCGACCGCCGACGACGUGAAGGAAGUGGGAGCCUCCGCCGCGUCGCUGCAGAGCGAGAGUCUCGGUGUGAGCGACGUGAGGGGGGCGGCCCGUGACGACCCCGCCUCCGCGUCCCCUCCCCUCCGUGCCAUCACGUACCACGACUGCUGCGACCUGGCCCUGCUGGACCCUCAGCUCCUGUGUCGCAGCUGCGGCGUCUUCCACUGCGGCUCCUGCCGGGACGUGGACGUCUGUCAGCGGCACCACAGCGUCCAGCAGCUGGGCGUGUGCGUGUGCGGGAAGCCGUGUGCCAGGAAGCCGCUGGUUCUGUGCAGAUACUGUGGCAACGAGUUCUGUCGCGCGUGCUGGUACAGAAGUCCCGUGUUCUGCACGUGUGGCCAAACGUUCGACCAGUCGUCCUCCGUGUGACGGCGAGAGAGUGAAGUGCCUUCAUAUACUGACUCGUCCAGUCCAGUCCAGUCGCACCCAGAUGUUGCCUUGACUGCUCCACUUUUUCUAUUAGGAACAUUGUUACCACGGAGACUGUGGACACUGCCAUUUAAGGCCUUGUUCUCUGACUCCGCCCCCCUCAGACCCCCUUUUUUUAAAUGUUAAAAUUUGCCACAGAAACACACGAGCAGCACACGACGACGUUCACAGAAUACUCUGAAUCAAGUGCAGUGACAGGGAGAGGUCAGAGUGUGUUUGUGGCCGUCACACACACACUUUAGCAACAUCAACAAAAGCCUGCGACGUCUUCAGAAACACGUCCACGUCUUUAUCUCACUGUCGGACAGACGUUUGUAAACCGCUCACUC